GGACGGAAAGGAGGAAGAUGGCGGCUCCGUGCUUCCCCACGCCGCUGUAUGGGCACGUGGGCCGUGGCGCCUUCAGCAACGUGUACGAGCCUGCCGAGGACACGUUCCUGCUUCUGGACGCGCUCGAGGCAGCGGCGGCGGAGUUGGCGGGAGUGGAAAUAUGCCUUGAAGUAGGGUCAGGGUCUGGUGUGGUAUCUGCAUUCCUGGCCUCUGUGAUUGGUCCUCAAGCUUUAUACAUGUGCACUGAUAUCAACCCUGAGGCAGCAGCUUGUACCCUGGAGACAGCACGCUGUAACAAAGUCCACAUUCAACCAGUAAUUACAGAUUUGGUCAAAGGCUUGCUACCAAGAUUGAAGGAAAAAGUUGAUCUUCUGGUGUUUAAUCCCCCAUAUGUAGUGACUCCACCUGAAGAGGUCGAAAAUCACGGAAUUGAGGCAGCUUGGGCUGGUGGCAGAAAUGGUCGAGAAGUCAUGGACAGAUUCUUUCCACUGGUUUCAGAUCUCCUUUCACCAAGAGGAUUAUUCUAUUUAGUUACCAUUAAAGACAACAAUCCAGAAGAGAUUUUGAAAACAAUGAAGACAAGAGGUCUUCAGGGGACUAUUGCACUUUCCAGGCAAGCAGGCCGAGAAAUCCUUUCAGUCCUCAAGUUUACCAAGUCCUAACAUAAAGUGUGAGCUGACAGCUACUGGAAGCUGAAUGCAUUGAGCAAAUUUUGAAACUGAAGUCAUUCCUUGGUUAAAAAGGAAUUUUAUCAGAAAUUUGUCAUAAAGAAAAAGGAGGCAGAGGAAGAUGCUACCACAUAAGAGGAGAUGUGAUUGAUCAUGGACGCAGAGAUUGGAGUGAUGUGGUCAGGAAAUGCCAGCAGAAGUGGGAAGAGUCAAGGAACAGAUUCUCCCUCAGAGCCUCAGGAGGAAGGAAGUCCCCUCCUGACACCUUGAUUUUGGCCCAGUGAA